GACUGGAAUAAAGUGCACAGGAAAGGUCACCAACUGUAAAAGUAUGAAAGGUCGUUUUGCUAUCACCACGUCAAAAAGUGCAGCGUGCUGUCUUUCAUGAUUGGCAUACACUUUGCGAGUGUUAAGAUGACUGAGGACAGAAUAGAUAACACGGAGCCAAGAUUUACCCUUGAGCAGUUUAACCUGCUGACACGGCUGGUGUCAAUUGGUGAGAGACUUCAGCAGACGGGUCUGCCUUGGGACAACAUGUUCCAAGCUCUCUACACCAUGCAGCAAAGUUAUCGUCUGGGGGAAAGGCUGCCUAUGGUACGAACUGGACCUCAGUCGGUAUUCACAUAUGAGCAGCUCAUCCUUCUGACACGUCAGUUGUCAAUUCAUCAGAGUCUCCAUCAGACUGGUCUGUCAGAAUGCAGCAUCUUACAAAUCCUUUGCACCAUGCAGCAAAACAAAACCGGAAACAUCGACAUCGACGAGGACUAUCUAAAAACAGACAAUGAAAAACACCAUUAUGGAUGUCAAUUGAAGAUGGAUACAACAGAAAGGACGGAAAACAAUGAAAUCCGAUCUCUCGAAAAAGCUGCAGAACAUGAUUUGAUGAAAGAAGUGGACAAGAUGAUGGAGAAAAAUAUUACAGAUAUGAUGGAUUUGAAUCGAGAAAUCAAGGAAUUCCUUCUCAAGAAUAACAUCUGUCAAGAAGCAGUGGCUGCAGAUAUCGGCACCAGCAGAAGCCUCGUGUCGCUGUUUCUUAAUCAUGGCCGCGGCUUGAACAUUGGCAAGAAAAGAGCUCUCUAUACUUUGUACUUGGAACAGAAGCAAACUAAACAAGGAUUGCCAAUUCAUGUUAAGGAAGAGCUUUGACCACGUUACCCUUGACACGAUGAUCUGAGGGAUUUCUGCCAAAUAUACGAAGCAACGGACUUUAGGAUAUCUUUUAGCUUUACUGGAACAUCGUACCAGCGUCCUCAUAUUGAAGUCGUCCGAUGCGUAAGAGACGCCAUUCUUAGCAAAGUUUCUUAAACACCAUACAUGUCAAUAAAUAUCAUAGAUUUGUUAUUGAUUGUUAUUUUGUCAAUACUUUAUCUUAAUUUGAUUUACGUUUAUAUUCUUUGCCUUUUCCUUAUCAGUCGUUCCGAGCAUCCAAACAAGAAAUGAAUAGAUAUCAUUGUAGACUUA